GUCAUGAUGGUGGACUGCAUCUAUAAGCCACUUUCAAAGGACAACGGAGUUUGACGUGGAAGUAUUUUGAUUAACUUACCUAUUAUUAUUAUUACUGGGUUGCCAAGUCAUGCAUUACUCAAACACCAUCACAUAUUGAAGACCAGGAUCAAGGACCAGGAAGACCAAAAGGAUUUUUCCCAGCUUAGAAAACUGUUCUUUGGGAUAAUUUCUGGAAACAUGGCAAUGUCUCUAACGCAAGCCUGCCGGAGUCUUGCCUUAUCUACAUGGCUACUGUCCUUUUGCUUUGUGCAUUUGCUGUGUCUGGACUUCACAGUGGCAGAGAAAGAGGAAUGGUACACUGCUUUUGUGAACAUCACCUAUCUGGAUCCAGUGACAUCUGAAAUCAAGACAGAGAAGACUGAGUGUGGGAGAUAUGGGGAACACUCUCCUAAAAGGGAUGCCAGGGGCUUUGUAUAUAUGCCUUCUCUUCUGCAGGACAGGCAGGCGUGUGACAGUAAUACCAAAUUCCCCCUUCCAAAUCCCAACAGUCCAUGGAUAGCACUGAUAGCCAAAGGGAACUGCACAUACAGAGAGAAAAUCAGGCAUGCUGCCAGUCUCAAUGCUACUGCUGUGGUCAUAUUCAACGUGGGCUCCAGCAACUCCAAUGAGACCAUAACAAUGCCACAUCAAGGUACCAGUGAUGUGGUUGCUAUUAUGAUUCCGGAGCCCAAAGGUCGUGAGAUUGUGGCCUUGUUGGAGAAGAACAUCACCGUGGCGAUGCACAUCACCAUCGGCACACGCAACCUGCAGAAAUAUGUCAGCCGCACCUCUGUGGUGUUCGUCUCCAUCUCCUUCAUCGUCCUCAUGAUCAUCUCUCUCGCCUGGCUCGUCUUCUACUACAUCCAACGGUUCCGCUACGCCAACGCACGAGACCGCAACCAGAGGCGAUUGGGGGAUGCUGCAAAAAAGGCCAUAAGCAAGUUACAAAUACGAACUAUCCGGAAGGGUGACAAGGAAACUGAGUCAGACUUUGACAACUGCGCAGUGUGUAUCGAAGACUACAAACCUAAUGAUGUCGUCAGGACACUGCCUUGUCGUCAUGUGUUCCAUAAGAACUGUGUGGACCCUUGGCUUCUGGAGCACAGAACCUGUCCCAUGUGUAAAAUGAACAUCCUCAAGGCCCUGGGCAUCCCGCCCAAUAAAUACUGCUCUGAUGACAUCCCUCCUGAUUAUGAGAUGUCAAUCGGUGGCCCACCCACCAAUCCCAUGAUGGGGGCCAGUGAGGUCACGGUGGGCGAGAACCCUGUGGUCCUUGAUCCAGGUGUCAGAGAAACAGGCCUAUCUCACAUUUACCACGAGAUAGACACCUUUCCGCAGGUCCAAGAGAGCCACCACAUCGCCAGCAGUGAGCACCAGCCCUCUUUAAGCAUUGAUUCAGACACCUCCCUUAUCAUGCCAGUGGAGCUGGUCCUUUCGGAUGUUGAACUUCAGUCUGAACCAGAACAUGAAGAUGUGAAGUACUGAGAGCAGAAUCUGCGCACUCGUUGUGCCAUAAAUGGAGAAGAACUGCAGUAAAGCACAAAGACUAUAAGAAACAUAAAGCAAUAGCAGCACACAUGUGCAACCUCCUUUAUUGACCCCAGGUCUCAUCAGCCUUGAAAACGAGUUCCACCUCCACAAAAACUGCAUGCUUCUGUUUCUCUGGAUGUAUCCAUGUCAAUUCUCUGUCUUCUAUUCCUGAGCUUGUGUUGCCCAACUGGAAAAGCCACAUGUUUCCAUUCCGCUUGGUGGAAAUGUUGACUUUCACCUUCCCUAUGGGAUCACUGCCAAUAUACACCCAGAUAUUCCAAAACAAAUAUACACUACAUGUGUGUAAUGCAUAGAUGUAUGUGGCCAACUGCAUUUGCUUUGAGUGUCAAAAGCAGGUUGUUUUAUAUUCUAACCAGCAUCGGUGGACUUCCUAGUUCUUCAUACAGUCCAGUGUUGUCACAGAUAUACUGUAUCUUGUGAAGUAUCACCAGUGCAUGUCGUAUGCAGAACAGACCUAUUCUUGCAUCUUUUGAAGUGUGCUGUGUCAAAUAACGCCACAUCAACAAGAUCUUUCCUAUGAAGUAGACGUCUGUUUCCAUGAGAACUAGGAAUCGAGUUAGUUACAGUGUAUGGAUGUGUUUGAGCCUUUAUCAAGGCAGAUAUCACUCGUUCUCUGAUGAUGUUAAAUAAGAUGUUUGUGAAUCAAAAGUGAAUUUAGAUGCUUUCCAUUAAUUUCGUCUUGAUGAUGUGUUAGCUCUGCUACUGAUGUGAACUUACCAGCUUUUGGAUAGAAACAUACUCCCAAAACGUUUCAGUAUGUGGCCAUAUUUAAUUUCUGUCUGGCAUCAGUUUGCCAAAAUGUACCGCUUUAGAAGAGGCUUUUUAAUGGUUUAAAGGAAUGGUUUACCCAAAAAUGAAAACAUUGUCAUUAUUUACUCACACUCAUGUUGUUCCAACCCUGUACAAGUUUCUUUCUUCUGUAGAAUACAAAAUGAGAUGUUUUAAACAAUAUCCUGUUAUGUCUUCUCAAUAUAGAGUGGAAGCUGAUAUUGCCUCACUUUAAAGCUUAAAAAAGACUUAAAAGUAGUGAUGUACUAUACUGGUAUAGGAAUCGGUUCCAAUACCACACUCAUGUACGUGUACUUGUGCUCGUAAAAAUGCUCUGAUACUAAAGAAUUAUACCAUCUGAUAAUUGAUAUAACAUUCAGCAUAUAAAUCAAAAUCUUAGUGUGAUUAUUAAACUGUAAAGUCUGCAAUUUAAUGCGAUAAAUAUAUAGUUUGCAUGUGCUGCACGCUUUAAAUGUGUGCACUUCUUUUGAUAAUAAUAAUGUAAUAUUAUGUUAAAAUUAGUAGUUCGAUUUUCAUUUGGUUAAAGUUUGAAUUAAGUCAUUUAUUUAGACGCCAUUGUGACGAUAAAAUUCAAAUAUAUUUACAUGGAAUUCAGAAAAAAUCAAACAGAGAUCAGUAUCAGCGAGUACCAAAAAGGAAAUAUCGGUACUUGUACUCGAUCUAAAAAAAAUGGUUUUAGGACAUCCCUACCUAAAUGUAUCAUGAAAGUAGUCCAUAUAAUACAUAAAAGUUUUAAUGUAAAAAAAUUUAUAUAAUGUUUCAGUGACAAUAUUGACGUCUGUUACGCGUUCAUGAGCUCUAUGUGAAGUGUUCACAUGAUAACUUGCGUUGUUUUUAGCGCUAAACAAAAUGAAUUAACGUAAGCCACAGUGAACGAGCUUCUCUCAUAUGAAUGCGAAACAGACGUUUUUAAGCUUUAAAGUGAUUCAGUUUCAACUGCAUUGUCUGCAAAGACAGAACGGAAUAUUAAUGUAAAAUGAUCCUUUUGUGCUCCAUACAGAAAGUCAAACAGUAUGGGUUCGAAUUGACAUGACGUGAGUAAACAGUGACAGAAUUGUUAAUUAUGGGGUAAUCUAUUCCAUUAAAAGAAACUGUAUGUUUAGAUUUUACAAUUUAACUACCAGAGUUACGUUGAAACCUCAAAAUGGCUUACCAAUGGUUGUACUGAAGUUGAUUUGUUUUAUUUCUAUGGCAUAUAGACUGUCAGAUGAUGUAGACUUGGGCUUGGUCCCUUUACUCCUUGUCAAGGAACGGUAGUAAAAGUGUUUUGCUACUCUUUAAAUCGCCAAUGCUACAUUUUAGAGAAGGUGAGCAGACGGUCUGAAAUCUCACUGAAAGUUUGAAUAAUAGGCAUCUUUUUAAACGGAGAGCGUAACAGAUGGCACUUUGCUUUUUAUUCUGCACAGUAGGAAAGGAAAAGACUGUUGAAUUACAUAUUUUAAUAUCAAAAGGUUUAUUUUUCUAAAAAAACAAAGAAAAAAACAAAGGACAAUAGCGCUUAUUUAUAUAUUUAUGAUUUUUUUUUUAUUUCAUUUUACUGAGUCUUUCUUAUUGUUUUCCUUAUAUAUCCAAUUUUGAACAUAUUUAUCAUGUAUUCCAUAUAGCCUGUUCAUGUAUAGGAACUGAGAGAUCUGGCUGUUUACAGUGUGUCUGUAUCGCUGCCAGCUUGAAAUAUUUGUAUUAUUUCUAUCCCAGUGGUAUUAGGUCAUUUGAUUAUGAUAUUUAAAUAGAAUUCUCAGUAGUAGUUUGAAAUGAGAUUUUGUCUCCAGAUGCAUUUCCCGUUAAAAAGUGCUUGCACCCAGAAUGCACUACUCCAGUUGGAUGUGAAAAUGUAGAAAAGCACAAGAGAAUGUUUAUAUACAUUCAUAUAUUUACAUACAUAUAUAUAUAUAUAUAUAUAUAUAUAUACAUAUAUAUAUAUAUAUAUAUAUAAAUAUAUAUUUUUUUUUCUUUCAAAUGAUUGGAUUUUGUCCAGGCUGUUGCACAAUAACCUUCCCUACAUUAAGAGCAUAAUUGCCCCAAAGUUUUUUCACUCGUAUUUUCAGUGGAUUUCCAUGUUGCCAAGCACUUUAUCUACAUACUUGGGAAUCAUACUCAGAAAGUAGUCCUGCAAGUAAGUCAGUUGAAUGUUUAUGCCAGUUUAUAAACUUUAAGAGGGCUAAAGAAUCAGACAUAGCACAGCAUGUUUGGUAGGGUCUACACUGCACUUUUAAUAACUGGUUUGGGAAUUGUCAUUUAAAAUGGUUGUAUCCAGCAGUGUUUUACAGUAUUGCUGUUUUUGUAAAUACAUUUGGCUAUGUAGAUAUAGUUAUAAUAUACAAUUGCCUGUAUAUGAGUACAUGAUUGUGAGGGACAAUAAAUUUAUUGCAAUAUUUUCAA